CCAUCAUGGUAUUCCACACAGUAUUGCUUCUGACCAAGGAACUCACUUCACAGCCUCGAAGUAUGACUGAGGGCCCCCGAUCACGGACUCCAUUGGUCUUACAUGUUACCCACCAUCCUGAAGCAGCUCCCCGAGAGAACGAUGAGGCCAUCAUUUUCAAUCACCAAAGAGUUCAUAUUGAAAUUUAACCAUCCACAGACUCCAGCAGAAAAGGAAGAAUUAUUGGAACAAGCUAGAAGACUACUCAUUAGGUGUAAGAGGAAGCUGGGUCUCAAGAUGCUGGGCUCUGGGAAGCACGUGCAUCUUCCGACUGCAUGGGCAGAGGUCAUCUAUCUGGCUCAGUGCAAAGGGGAGAUUCAAGACGAAGCUUUAAAUAUGCUCCACGCCUCCCUGGACCACGUUUCCUUUGAUUGUGAUCAGCUUCCUGCCCUGUUUUUCCUCGCGGAAUCAGUUUUAUAUCGAUUGUGUUGUGAUGCAUUCAUGAAGGGCUUUUUAUAUUCAGUGGAAAUAAAACUGCUUAAGAUUGGCUACUUGAUCUUCUUACGACUUUUUGUAUUUUUCCUGCAUGGUCACUUGGAAAAUUUUAAACAACAUUUACUUAGGCUGCAACCAUAUUUAUACGCACUUUAUUUCUCUGAAGCCUCCUACCACAAGUAUCCAAACAUCUUCUCCAAUGUGCAGUUCAUUCUGAAAACAUCAGAAAUUAUAUGUAAAAGAGAACUUCAUUCUGAAACAGAAUGGGGAUGUACAGAUGGACCAGAGACCUUAUAUUCUGAUUUGGACCCUUUUGAGUUGAACAACGGGGGCUAUGAAGUCAACCACCUGCUUUGGCACUGCGUGGUUGCCUGGACUUGUGUUCAGAACAAUAGUCCUCGGCUGAAUAAAGUGCUUGAACAUCUCCUCCUCCACAAAUCGCAGCUUCAGACGAAAUGCUGGUUGGAUUCAGCACUGGCUUUGCUGGUCCUGGGGGAAGCUGCUAAGUUGAACAUGGCCUGCUUGAAAACACUGAUGGACCUAGUGAGCAGUUUCCUCUCCAGCAGCUUGUUUAUCCAGAACCAGGAAGAAAAUUAUAAGGCAUAUGACCUUUCCUGGGCCUCAGAGGUUAUCUUCACAUAUACAACAAUUAUUUCAGAAGUGUGCUUAUACGCGGCUACCUCUUCUCUGAGGAAAACAGCUUUGAUUGGGUUCUGUGACUGCACAAGUCUACAGAAGGAGGUUGUGCUCAUGGACAAGUCGGAAGAACCCCCAGAAUUAGAGGGAACAAGCAUUUUAAGUCUUUUGAAAUAUUUCUCUUCCAAGAUCUCUGUCAACUGUACUAAGGUGGUCUGGAUUGGAUACUAUGGCAUAGUAUAUAACCUGGUGAAGAUGUCAUGGGAACUUCAGGGUGAUGAAGAACAGGAUGGACUUAGAAACUUGAUAUGGCAAACACUCCAAAAGAUAAAGGAUUAUGAACAAGAUCCACGAAUCCAAAGCGCACUAACUAUAGCCCAUGCUGAAUUAAAUGACCCCAUUGACCCUUUUACGAGGUACAGCACAAAAGCUGCACCGAACCUAGGAGAAGAAGUUUUCUCUAAGUACAUUGGGUGGAGAGUUGCCAAUACCCUCUCCAAGCUCUUCUUCCCCUCUCUUGAUGCCUGUGACCACCCUUCAAAGGAGCCAGUGGACGUCCAUCUGCAAAGAAAGCGCAGAGUCAAAACACAACAGCCUGCAAAAAAGAGAGUUCUACGUUUUGUUGUAAAGGAUCAUACUUCUGUAUUAGAUAUUUCCAUGUUUCCGUAUCCAGAUUUCUUCACCAAGGCAGAUAAGAAAUUGGCAGAAAUCGUUGACCAUCAUUGGCAAAGAGACAUGGAUACCCUAAGGCGAGAAGAAGAAGCAUGUGAGGCCCAAAAACAGAAAGAUGAGGAGGAAAAGGAGAGAAUUCGCUUUCAAGAAAUUAUGAAGCAAAGAGAAAAGAAACUGAACAAGAAAACCAAACCCUACGAAGUCAUUUCAUUACAAAAAAAAGAUGACCCACGAAAGGAGAGCGGGUUCCGUAGGCUGGAAACAGCACCGGCAAUCCUAGCCAAGUGUGUUAAGUGGUAGGAAAGCAUUCUUAGAGUUAACUUGAGGCCGUUUUGAAAAAGGGCUUGUUAUUUUGGUACCAGUUAGUAGCCAUGGUGUAGUCUUAGGUUAAUAGUCGACUCUUCAUCACAUUCCGGGGAGGUAGUUUCACCAGCUGUCCCUGGGCGUCCCCUUGUUCUUGUAUAGCUCUUUGUUACACUAUAUUGAUAUCCACUGCCCUGUGAGAAGAACAUGAACUGAACAGUGACCAAUGAGGCAGGGCAUAAGGGCAGCGGGAUGAGAACUAUUCUUGAAAGCAUGAGUGAACAGAGGCUUGAACCCCUUUAAUCGCUUUUAUUCCAAUAAAAAAAGUUACAAUGACUCUA